AUGUGGAACUCCUUGCCAGAGAAACGCCGUUUUGCUGUGAUCUUCUCAUCCAUCACAAUCAUCGUACUUUUUGGCCUUGGUUCUGAGUACCGGUACUCAUAUCUUGAUCGUCAAACACUUUUCUCCACAUUCGGAAAGCCAGCUCUACCAUGGAUUGCUACUUCCAGUACUUUUUGGGCUUCGUUCGCUCCACUAUUGGCAGCUGCUGCACCGCGAUGCACACCCCCGGAGCUUAGUGGCAAAGCAUAUUCGAUGAAGAUUGGCAAGAGAAGAGCCGCGGAGCAUAUUAUCAUGGAUGAAAAGGAUGUCGAAACGAUGCGACGAUCCCAUACUUGGUUCGUUGAUCAACUUAUGCAAAAUGCCCCGAAGUUGGAAUUCAAGAAGGGAACCCAGGGUAUUGUAACAUCUGCAGGAGGUGAUUAUUUCCCUCCACUUCUCGUCAGUCUUCAAUUCCUUCGACGCACCGGAUCUAAACUGCCCAUCGAAGUCUUCCUUGCCACACCGGAUGAAUACGAACCAUUGAUGUGCGAGACAAUUCUUCCCUCAUUGAAUGCGAAAUGCCUCGUUCUUUCCGAUAUCAUCGAUCAACACGAGCUGUCAUUUUCUUUCUCGGGAUACCAACUAAAAGCAUAUGCGAUACUAUUCUCAUCUUUUGAAUCAGUUCUUUUUCUCGAUGCAGAUAACUUUCCUGUCUAUUCCCCCGACGAUCUAUUCGCAUCCACACCUUUCACAUCAGAACAUCUUGUCCUGUGGCCAGAUUACUGGAGCCCGACACCCUCGCCAACUCUUAGUAAGAUAAUUGGUCUUGAAGGAUCCAUCCUAAACAACCGCCCUACAAUCGAAGCUGGACAAAUCUUAGUCAACAAGGCACAUCGAGCCGAGGCCUUGUUACUCGCAGCAUACUAUAAUGCCUACGGUGAUUAUUAUUACCACCUUAUGACUCAAGGAGGUGCAGGAGAAGGCGACAAAGAAACUUUUUCAACGGCUGCCCUCGUUCUUGGGAACAGUUUCUACACCGUCUCUCAAUUACCUCGUCCCCUUGGUUCACGUGGAAAUGGCGCAGCCGUUCUGCAAGCUGACCCCAUGGAAGAUGUGAGCUCAAGAGGAGAGGAAAUCUCAAGAGCAUUUUUCAUCCAUGCAAGCUGGCCGCCGAAGCUUAAUCCGCUACACAAUUACCAAGGUUCGAGGCAAUGGGGUAGUGAAGAACACUCAUUGAGUACUUUCAAUGGUUUAGACGUCGAACUCUCAGCGUGGGAGUAUAUGGUACAAAUGGCAUGUGAUGAAAGCAUUGUCUUUAAGAGCUGGGGGAAUAAAACAGAGAAAAGGGUUUGUGAGCAGACCAGGCAAAGCUUCAAAAGCAUGUUUGGAGAGGAAUAUAACAAGUUGGGCGGGUGA